AUGGCUUCAUCAAACUUUUCACCAGCUGCACCACAAGUCUUCAAUGGGGAAGGCUAUCACAUAUGGGUGGUCAAAAUGAAGACCUACCUGCAGGCUUUCGAUCUGUGGGAGGUGGUCAACUCUGAUGUUGAACCAGAGCCACUUAGAACCAAUCCAACAGUGGCUCAGAUUAGGCAGCAUGCUGAUGAGAGGACCAAGAGGCACAAGGCCAUGUCUUGCAUCCAGAACUCAGUGCCUGAUGUGAUUUUCAUAGGGAUUAUGGCCUGUGAAUCACCAAAGCAGGCCUGGGAUAAGUUGAAAGAGGAGUUUCAAGGGACAGAGAGGACAAGGAAGCAACAGUUGUUAAAUUUUAGGAGAGAAUUCGAGAACUUGAAGAUGAAGGAAGAAGAAACUGUCAAGCAAUACUCUGACAGGAUUAUGGCUGUGGUAAACAGCAUAAGGCUCCUUGGUGAGCAGUUCAAUGAAGCAAGGGUAGUGGAGAAGGUGAUUUCAACAUUACCAGAGAGGUAUGAGGAAAAAAUCUCAUCUCUCGAAGACUCAAGGGAUUUGACAAGCAUUCCCUUGACUGAGCUCAUCAAUGCUCUCUAUGCACAAGAGCAGAGAAGAGCUAGCAGACUGGAGGAGCACCAGGAAGGUGCCUUUCAGGCAAAAACCAAUACUGCCUAUAAAGGCAAGAAGACCUGGAAAAAUAGGCCUAAGCCUGAUGCUGCAAGGAGCAAUGACCAACCUUGCAGGCAUUGCAAGAGGCCUGGUCAUCCAAAAGAAAAAUGCUGGUUCAAUCCAGAUGCUGUAUGCCAGCAUUGCAAAAAGAAGGGUCAUGUUGAAAGAGUCUGCAAAAGCAAGGCCAAAUCAAGGUAG